UCUCAGUGAGAGCCUGCUUGCCUAACUCUCAUUAGCGCUCACAGAAAGUUCAUAACACACAUGCCAUGCAUGUGAAGGAAGCCAACACAACCUGAAUGUGCUGAUCUGUUGUCGUAUUCUUCUCCCUUUACCUCUGAGCAGCCUUGAGGAGAGACACCACGCCUGGAGGAGAAAUAAAGAGAGAAAGAGAGAGAAUAACAGAGUGAGGGAGGGAGACUUGAGCUGGUGACAGAGCUUGCAGGCUCCAGUCGUGCCUCUCAUCUGUCUGCUGCUGCUGCGUUGCAGUCAGAGUCAGAGCCAGGGGCUGAGCUGAGCUGGUGUUUUUCUCAGUGAUCUACAGACAGACAGAGCAGUGAGCUGUAAGCUGUGAACAGUGCUGUACCUCUGCCACACCACUGCCAUGACAACACUGUGAGUGAAAAGAGAGAGUUCCUCCUGUCCACCACCUCUCUAAAGCUACAGCUGCGGAACCCUGCAGCCACAGACAGAUAAUUACAGAGUAAGACCUGUGUCUACUCUAAGUGUCCCAGUGAGGAGCAUGUGGUGAGGGCCAUGUCUCUGGAGAUGGAGAAGAGUGUCACUAAGUUGAUGUAUGACUUCCAGGGGAACUCUACCUCUGACGACGACUCAGGCUGCGCACUGGAGGAAUACGCCUGGGCGCCCCCUGGUCUAAGCCCUGAGCAGGUGCAUCAGUACUACGGUUCUCUACCUGAGGACAGGGUGCCGUAUGUGAACAGCCCAGGAGAGAAGCACCGCAUCAAACAGCUAAUUCACCAGCUGCCCCCGCACGACAACGAGGUCCGAUACUGCAACACACUGGACGACGAGGAGAAGAGGGAGCUCAAGCUCUUCAGUAACCAGAGAAAGAGGGACAACCUGGGAAGAGGCAAUGUCCGCCCCUUCCCCUUGUCCAUCAGUGGGGCCAUCUGUGAACAGUGUGGGGGCCAGAUAAAUGGACGGGACAUUGUGGUGUUUGCAUCGCGGGCAGGCCACGGCCUGGUGUGGCACCCUCACUGCUUCGUGUGCUGCAUGUGUGAGGAGCUCCUGGUGGACCUCAUCUACUUCCACCAAGAAGGGAAGAUCUACUGCGGCCGGCACCAUGCAGAGAGGCUCAAACCCCGCUGCUGUGCCUGUGAUGAGAUUAUCUUUGCUGAUGAGUGUACGGAGGCGGAGGGCAGGCAUUGGCACAUGAAACACUUCUGUUGCUAUGAGUGUGAGGCUCCGCUGGGCGGCCAGCGCUACAUCAUGAAGGAUGGACACCCACACUGUUGCAACUGCUUUGAGUCCCUCUACGCAGAGUACUGUGACGCCUGCGGUGAACACAUAGGCAUUGACCAGGGCCAAAUGACAUAUGACGGGCAGCACUGGCAUGCCACAGAGGAGUGUUUCUGCUGUGCCCGCUGUAAGCGCUCCCUCCUGGGGCGCCCCUUUCUGCCCAAACAGGGACAAAUCUACUGCUCACGCUCCUGCAGCGCCGGACAGGACCCAGAUGAAUCUGACUCCUCGGACUCGGCCUUCCAGAGUGCCCGCUCCCGUGAGUCCCGCCACAGCACCAAGAUCAUAAAACAGGAUCACCGAAAUACCGAGAAGGAGCGUCGCCAGCCAGCGCCCAUGCCUGACCGUCUGUCUGUCGAGGUGGACCCCCUGUCUAUCCAUAUGGACCGUCUGAGCCUUGGCUCCAUCCAGACACCCAGCCGAACCCCCAGUCGCACCCCAAGCCGCACUCCUAGUCUCAACCAGGUGUGGAUGAGCCGGGACGAACCUUACCCCCCAGCAUACGAGGCAGCCUACGAGGCAGCCUAUGAGGGCUCCCCGCGGGACCCCUCUCCAACCCCCACGCCCCUGCUCCUGGGCCCGUGUAACCCCAGGCUGGGCUACAGUCCCAGCCCCAAACUCCACCCCCCAACCCAGAGCUCUGGCAACCCAGGGAAGAGGCCUGAGUCCAGGGCUAAAGAGCAGGGCAACACCAAGAGGACGCCCAUGGCGGCAUUGAGGGGCCAAUCCUUCCAGGACAACUGGAUCCACCACAGCCAGGACGAGUUCCGGCCACCCAAGCUGAGGACCCAGAUGAGUUUUAACGAGGUGUCCAGCCAAGGCCAGGGCUUCUCAGACAAGAGGAGCAUCAGCAUGCAUGGCUUCCAGAGGGACAGCAGGCCCCCCCUGACCAGGAACACCAUGAGCAACGGCAUUAGCUUCACAGAGCCCCUCACCCCUCUGGAACAAACCCCCCGAGGAUCCAUGGAGUCUCUGGCCCUGUCCAACGCUACAGGUAACUCUCUGGAUGGAGUCAAUAAGCGUCAGGAGCACCUGUCCAGGUUCUCCAUGCCAGACCUUAGUAAGGAUUCUGGGAUGAAUGUGUCUGAGAAGAGCAACAUGGGGACACUGGGUUCCCCUCUCCAGUUCCGCAGCUCUGAGUCCCUGACCUCCUCUCGGCCGUACAGGAACCUGAAUGCGCCCGUGCAGGUGGGGUACCCCCUGGGGUACUGGGACGCCCCCCAGCCUCUGGCCUUUGAGGGUAAAGGUCGUGUGGCCCUGAUGGGGAGUAGUGGCAACCUCCGCAUGCCCCCCAUGAUUGACAGGACACCUCGUCGUCGGCCCAAUGAGCCAGAGCCCAUACGGCAACAACAACUACCAACACAACCACGGCGACGGAAACACCGCGGCAACGGUAAUGAUGGAAACGGCAACCACCGCAACAGCGGUCGCCACCACCGGCGCUCUCGACGCUCACGCUCUGACAACGCCCUCCACCUGGCGGCCGACCGGGCAAAUCACAUGAUGGAACCACCACACCGUCGCAUUCAGGAGGACUACGACCGUUUCCCCGCAGGCCGCACUGCCCGGGACCUGUUUGGGGUUGGGGGCAUGGGUGGUUACAGACAACAGCCUUAUAGACCCUGCCCUCGCACCACCUCAGAUCUCACCCUGCACAAUGCAGCGGGGGGCGGGGGGAUUCAGCCGCUGGGCCUGGGGGGGCCAUACUGUGGUGGAGAUGGGUACGGGGAGGGGGCAGACCCCUGGUGCUCCAGCUGCUCCUCGUCCUCUGAGUCUGAAGAAGAUGAGGGGUACUUCCUGGGUGAGCCCAUCCCCAGACCUAUCCAGCUACGCUACCUCAACAAUGAGGAGCUGCGCCACAGAUACAGCCCUACAGGAGUGGGAGGAAUGGGGGGCCACCAUGGACCCAUACAUGGACCCCUACAUGGAGGAAACCACGGGCAGCUGCACGGACAGCUACAAAUGCGCCAGAGGAGGAAGAGCAAGAACUGCACCAUCUCAUAGAGAGUGGAAGGGGAAAAAGACAGAGAAAGGGAGUGGGAGGGAGACAGAGAAAAAUUAAGUGAGAGAGCGAGUAUGUGAAAGAGUGUAUGUGUAUGUGUCAGAGAGAGAGAGAGAGAGAGACAUAUAUAUUUGAUGUGUGUAAGUUAUACAACUGGCUCUGUGCGU